AUGGAAAGAUUAUUAAAUGUUUCAUAUCAAUGCAAAGAUUAUAAAUAUCCACUUACGUAUAAUUUUAUUCUUUGUGGAGAUAGCAAGGCUUCUUUGAACCCUGAAUUUGAACCACUGUCACAAGCAACAGCACCAUCGACAACGGGGACAUAUACCAACUAUGGGGUUGAGAACCAGUUCGUAGUAGCUGAAUAUAGAGUUAGGAAACAUUUAUGGUCACUUAAGGUCAGGUCCAAGGAGAGGGGGUCAGGGGGGGCAACGAUUCAUGUAGCAUGUGUUCAAGAGACUAGGUGGAAGGGGCAAAAAGCAAAAGGUUUAAAGGGAUAUAAGUUAUGGUAUGCAGGUUUGGAAGGCAGACGUAACGGGGUUGGCAUCCUAGUGUCUAAUGAUAUCCUAAAGCAAUUGGUUGAAGUAAGGAGGUGUAAUGAAAAAAUUAUGCUAGUUAGGAUAGUAGUGAGGGAAGAGAUCAUAUCCAUUGUCAGUGCGUACGGGCCCCAAGCUGGGCUCGAUGAGCAGGUGAAGUGCAAGUUCUGGGAUAACCAAGGAGACCUCAUGAGAACUAUCCCGGAAGAUGAGAAAGUUUUCAUAGGAGGAGACUUUAACGGACAUAUAGGCAAAGAUGCAGGCAACCAUAACUUGGUACAUGGAGGGUUUGGUUUAGGGGCAAGGAAUGAGAAUGGGGAGAAUUUGCUGGAGUUUGUGCUUGCAAAAGAAUUGGUUAUAGCAAACUCAAUCUUUAGAAAGAAAGAUGAGCAUUUGAUCACAUAUAAGCGGCGGAUGUCUACCCAACAUAGGCUUUUAGUCCUGAUUUUUAGGAUGAGGAAGAAAAUCGUAGAGAAGAAUGUCGAGUCCAGGGGAAAGAUCAUGUGGAGGAGACUCAAAGGCGAUAUGGUCACAAUCCUGUCAAGUAAGAUAAGUUUAUUGGCUUCCCAAGUCAGUUAG